AUGUAUAUAUAUGCAAAUAUCUAUCUAUCUAUCUAUCUAUCUAUCUAUCUAUCUAUCUAUCUAUCUAUUUAUUUCAGUCAGUUACUAUCUAUCUGUAAAUAUCUACUUCAAUUCAAUAAUUAUCUAUCUAUCUAUCUAUCUAUCUAUCUAUCUAUCUAUCUAUCUAUCUAUCUAUCUAUCUAUUACUAUCUCCAUCUGUUAAUAUCUAUCCAUUCAAUAAAUAUCUAUCUAUCUAAUUCAAUCUAUCUAUCUAUCUAUCUAUCUAUCUAUCUAUCUAUCCCAUUCUGUUUCUAUCUAUCUAUCUAUCUAUCUAUCUAUCUAUCUAUCUAUCUAUCUAUCUAUCUAUCUCAGUCUGUUACUAUCUAUCUAUCUGUAAAUAUCUACUUCAAUUCAAUAAUAUCUAUCUAUCUAUCUAUCUAUCUAUCUAUCUAUCUAUAUAUAUAUAUAUAUAUAUAUAUAUAUCAGUCUGUCACUAUCAAUCUAUCAUUUAGGUUUCAAUUUCACAUUCAAAUAUUAUCUUAA